UUCGUGUGUGGGUGGGAUUCUCAAAUGAGUACUCGGAUGUUCAUUUGGCCGAAAAGGUGCCUUUUUGUACAUAAGUGGGUUUCUCAAAGGAGCACUUGGAUGCUCAUCUAGCCGAAAAGGUGAUGUGCUUCAUGCGUGGUUGCAUGGUCGAGUACUCAUGUGAUUGGAUGGCCGAGUCGGUUUGUGUUCAGGGUCACGUGGGUGUUGCAAAUAUCAAAGAGUCUCUUCAUGCCUCAUUAUCUGGUAUUUGUCGUACUAAGGCGGUGUGAAGGUGCAUUAGUUGCGCCACUAUCAUAAAGUUGCAUAACGUUGGGAAUUUGUUCAUUUAUUUUAUUCAUACAAGUCUUUUUUGGUUGCCUCUUGGGUAUCUAUAUAUAAAAGGGGUUUAAUUGCCUUUCUUCGCGCGUGUUCUCUGUACCGAGAUAUCAUUUUCUUCUCGUUAUGCUCUUUUCCUUCUUUUGUUAAGGUAUGUCUGUGUGCGUAGCGUGGUUGGGUCUUUCGGGGUACAUAUGGCUAUAGUCGAGAAAUUGGGCUUAUCUAUGGGGUCUUCGUUAGGCACUAGGAGUUCGGUCGAUGUCGGGGAGGUUGAAGUGUCUGUGAGUUUGUCGAAGCGGCUCACAAUGAGUAAUGCAAGGGAGAGCAUUGGUGACUCCUUUAGGUUGGGGCUUCCUGACGUCGAGAUGGAUCCACAAGAUUACAAGCAAAAGUUCCCCCCUGUGAAGUUCCGGGAUAUGAAUGGGUCGACGGGGAGGUGGCGACCUAUUACUCCCAUUUUUAUGAGAGGGUCGUCGUUGAAAGCUUACUCAAGAGGUGUCGAUUAACUCGUUAGGAGGAUACAGACCCUUAACCAAUAAUGUUUCACUAUUGUAGGUCCAAAGGCCCUGGUGAGCCCGACAAGGUCUUCCUCGAAAAGCAAGGAGGCCAAGGUGAUAUUUUCUAUAUGUAUGAGUGUGUGUUUAGGGAUCUCGGUGUGUCCCUCCCUUUGAAGACUUCCAUAUGGGUGUACUCUGGGUUUUAAACUUGGUGCCAACUCAGCUUCAUCCGAAUGGAUAGGCGGUAAUGCAAGCAUUCUGAUUCCUUUGUAAAUAUCACUACAUCAAGCCAACCAUUGGGCUAUUUUUGUAUUUUUUUUUACCUGCCCUUCCACCAAGACUAUGAAAUGGGUGUCUCUAAUAAGGCAUGUAGAACGAUGUCUAUUCAAGCCAUUUACAUCUUCGUUUAAAGGAUUCAAAUCUGGCUUCUUGAAGGUGAUGAUUGACCUGAUAGUUGGGAGGAACUACUACUUUUAUGAUUAGGAGGGAACCCCCAUGUUCCCCUUUUAUUGGACAAGGGUGCCCCGCAAAUAUGAUGAAUACCCGAUAGAUAUGCUUACUCCCUUUGAGACCACGGCCCUGGCGGUGUUGAACACAUUGCCUCGAGAGAUCCCGACUAGAUUUCUAGUUUUAUUACCCAAGUCUUCCCGACCAUGUUAUGAUUUAAAUGGCUUUAUGGCACAGAAGGGUUUAGAGCUUUCAUAUAGGCAGGCCAUUAGGAAUCGUGCCCUGACCAAUGCACUUUCGGAGGACCACUGAAGUGUGGUUGUAGAUGGGGCUGCAGUGGUUGUUGAAGCACGCUCCCCUCCUCGAUAUUUCCCCAUACCUGAGGCUUAGACUAAGAAGAAAAAGGACAAAGGGAAAAGAAAAAGCGAUGAGUCCUCCCGACCAAGUGAGGAUGGUUCGAGGCUGCACAAAAGUUGACGAAUCGAAGGAUCCCAUUUGAACCUGACCAUUCCUUUGGCUUUUAUUGCUCGAGACUUCUUGGCACAGGAAGUUCGACCUUCUCGGAUGAUGGCUCCUGAUUUGCUGUCUGAGGGGGGUCAUCGGAUGCUUAACUCUGCUAGUCCCUCGGCUUAGUGGGCCAUGGCUUGUGAACUACAAGUGUGCACUUUGGCAAUCCUCCGAAAGUUGGCUUUGUAGCCAAUACCUGAAGCAAGGAGUUUGAAGAGCUCUUUAGACGAAACCCAACGUUCAUUGCAACACUCCGUCAAGGCUUAUGCUGCGACUUCAGCUGAAAAGCUUCAACUUAAGUUCGAGGUUGCUAAGCUUAAGGAGGCUUUGGCCGACAUGGAGGGACAAGUGGUGGCUGCCGAAGUGGCCGAGAGGAUGAGGGUCGAGGAGGUGAAGGAGGCCUUAGGUCACAAGGCCAAAGCCAAAGAAGAAGCUACUACAGCAUUGAGGGAUCUUCGCAAGGAGUGUGAAGAUCAGAUUGUGCAUGAGCAUGAGGCAGGUUUCAUGCAUGUUGUCCGACAAGCUACCUAUUUAUAUCGUGUGCCUUUUGAUUUCACCUUCAAGGUGACCAAGGAUUUCUACAAGGGCACUUAUAUGGAUUUUACUAAGAUUCCCGAGGAUGUUGAGCCAGAUGAUGUUGCCCCUGCUCGUUCGAGUAGCGGAGAGGAUCCCGGCACAACCUGCUAGGAUGACAAGGAGACCCAGUAUGGCAAUGGUGAUGACAACACAGUUUCUGGUAUGUGAGAUGGACCAGGUUCCCUCUUCUUGGCUGUUUUGUAGAAGCCUUAGGUGGGAAGGUUGACUUUUUAUUUUUUGUGGGAUCAGGUGUAAUGUUUUACUUUUUGAACCUUGUUGGUUUAUGUGUACUGGAGCUUUGAAUGUUGUUAUUUAUUUUGUCAAUACCCAAGCAACUGCCAAACUUAAUGAGAAUCUAUUUUGUAUUGCAUC